GAGACCACAGCAUCCGAAAUAUUCUCCUGGGCAAGUGGGAUAAGUUGAUAGGAGGAAGACACGGGCAAUCGGGAAGUCUUCCUUGUUUGCCUUGGCUCCGCCGGAACAGAGAGACCGAGAAGAGAGGGCGAAGAGGAGGCAAUCGCGAACAGAGCAGCCAUGGGCGUGACCAAGGAGGACGUGGAGGCCGCCGUCGCCGCCGCGGUCAGCCCCACCCACCUCGUGGUCACCGAUACAUCCGGCGGGUGCGGCGCGAGCUACGAGAUCGAGGUGGUGUCGGGCAAGUUCGAGGGGAAGCGGCUGCUGGAGCGCCACCGGAUGGUCAACACCGCGCUGGCGCCGCUCAUGGCCGAGAUCCACGCCGUCUCCAUCAAGGCGCUCACCCCCGCGCAGGCCCAGCCCAAGCCCCAGCCGGAGCCGGCCGCCGCCGCCGACAAGUCGCAGCAGGCCUGACUUGCUCUGAAUGAAGCACUAGUACUGAAACCACAACACAUGCGCUGUUGGAUGUUGGGAACUCGCAUCAUACACUACUCUGCUUGAAUGAAUAAUGUAGCAAGAUGCGUCUGCGGAAUCGAGACUUUGCAGUGGCGCCAUGCCUGGCUGAUUAAGAUUUUGCUUCGUUUUGUCUAUGUGAUUGUGAUGAUUUAUAGUGCUUCUGCUCUAA